GUGGUAACGGGGUUAGCUACUCCCACACCGGUAGGAGCCGGGCCGCUGGUUUGGCUUCCAGCAUGACUCUCCUCCUGCCUUGCACCCUGAGUAGAGCUGGGAGCUUGGGCAGAAGGGAGACCCGAGGAAAUGUGUUUUUUUCUCCAACUCGGGUCUAAAGGGACUCUUGCACCUUCUGGCUGGAACAUGGAGAAUUCGGAGGAAGAUGUCAAGUUUAUUGUGGAUGAGACCUUGGAUUUUGGAGGGUUGUCACCAGCUGACAGUCGUGAGGAGGAAGACACAGCAGUGUGGGCGACUUCGGAGAAGCCGCUUCGACGGGGCCUCUCCCACCGAGGUGACUCCAACGCAGUGGCCCCCACCCUCCAGGCCCCGAGGUUCAGCUUAGGGCCCCUCAGCCCGGAGAAGCUGGAGGAGAUCCUGCAAGAGGCCAACCGCCUGGCCGCUCGGCUGGAGCAGUGUGCGCUGCAGGAGCCGGCGAGCGCCCUCGAGGGCCCAGCGCCUCGCCAGGUGAGGCCCAGCCCCCGCCAGGUGAAGCCCAGCCCCCGCCGGGAGACUUUUGUGUUGAAGGACAGUCCUGUGCGAGACCUGCUGCCCACUGUGAGCUCCUUGGCUCGGAGUACACCCUCUCCACGCAGCCUGACGCCCCGACUGCGGAGCGGUGACAGAAAGGGCUCAGUCAGAGCUCUUCGGACCACACCUGGAAAGAGGCUGGCCAGCUCGAAGAGGGAAUCGCCCACAUGCAAUCUGUUCCCUGCAUCAAAAAGCCCAGCAUCUUCUCCUCUUGCCCGAUCCACGCCUCCGAGCCGAUCCAGCCCCUCAAACCGAUCCAGCCCCGCAAACCGAUCCACCCCCACAAGCCGAUCCACCCCCCCAAGCCGAUCCACCCCUCCACGCCGACUAGCUGCUCCGGUCCCAGGGCAAGCCAGGCCCAGUGAGCGAGCCGGAGCAGCUGCCCCGGCCAGACCAGUCCUGGCCCCGCAGCAGCCUUCCACCAGCAACUCUCAGCGCCCCGCCCCGCCGCAAGGUGCAGCUGCUAAACCUUCAAGUCGGCUGCCGGUCCCCACGACCCUCCCCAGGCCUGUGGGCCGCAUGCCACUCUCCAGCCGGAGUGUACUACCCUGCAAAGGUGGUCUUCCUCCAGAUUCUCUGUCAAGUCACAAGGGGCUUCCAAGACCAAGUGCUGCAGGCCACCGAGUGCCUGUUUCUAGGCGGCCAAAUCUCCCUGCCACUGGUGCUACUCGCGGCAAUCUGCAGGCCCCCAGGAAAGCCGCCGUCCCAGGGCCUACCAGGUAAGGAGUUCGGACGGCAAGCAAAUUUCAGUAGUCAACCACUACAGUUGCUGCCUGGCCCUACCUCUUCUGGGCCUCCCCAGCCCUUUUGUUGGAGGCAGACCCUGACCCUGACUCUCCUGCCCCAGGACCAGUGGAGGAGAUGCUACCAGGGCUGGUCCCCCAGGAGUUGAGACCUUGGGAAAUGGGUGGAUUAGGGUUGAACUGCAGGGGGCAUUAAACUCUCUGCAUUGAAAGCAGAUUCAGGAAAAAGAGGUCACCUCCUGGUCUUCAGAUGAACAAACAGAACUUGAAAAAUGCAGGAGUGGGUGUCCUCAUCCACCCCCACUCUUGCUUCCAACCCCUUGCUUCCCUGCUGGGGGUGGGGGGUGGGGGGGGUGAUUUCCAUCCCUGUGGGCAUUCACAUGCAUGGCCUCGGGAGAGGGGCCUCCCUGACU